CACGCUCAACCAUCCAUUUCUGAUUUAAUUAUAAAAUAUUAUUGGAAUUGGAAGUAUGGUAGUUGAUAUGAACAGAAAUGGGUGGUAGAAAUGAAGGCUGUGUAACUACCGUUCGUUAAAUUUUUACAAGUUCCACUAGCUAAACAAGAACCGAUUAAACUCGAUAGUUGAAAAGAUUUGAUGUAUGCUUUGUUUUCAUCCCGUGUUUCAACCGUACUAAAAAUCAGAUCCCAAAUAAUCAAUUUUUAAUUUAAGUGUGAUGUGAUAAAAUUUUGAUUUGUGUCAUUUUCGAACAAUAUUGUUGUUCAUUGAAUUUUCUCCUAGUUUUCUUUUAAUAAAUUACUUUCCAUUUAAAAAAAAAUGUCCCGUCAAAUGUUAAAAGUAGCCGAUCCUAAGAAAGUUAGUUCCGAGUUGUUUGCCUUGACUUAUGGAUCCCUUAUUUCACAGAUCCUUAAAGAUUAUGAAAGUGAUGAUGAUGUCAACAAGCAGUUAGAGCGCAUGGGUCAUAAUAUAGGGGUGAGGAUUGUUGAAGACUUUUUAGCAAGAACAAAUGCUGGUCGUUGUCAUGACUUGAGGGAUACUGCAGAUAAACUACAAACAGCCUUCAAGAUGUACUUGGGCAUAACUCCUGUCAUCACUAAUUGGAGUUCUGCCGCAGAUGAGUUCUCCCUUUUAAUCGACUCAAAUCCCCUGACUGAGUUUGUGGAACUUCCAGAGGGUCAUAGUGGACUAAAAUAUUGUAACAUCCUCGCAGGUGCUAUUAGGGGUGCACUGGAGAUGGUGCAAAUGGAUGUGAGUGCAUGGUUUGUUCAAGAUCAGUUAAAAGGAGACAGUACCACUGAGUUACGGAUAAGAUUUAUUCGUCGCUUAGAAGAGGCCGUGCCUGUUGGUGAAGAUUAAUAUGAUCCACACUUCUUUUUUUUAUUAUUGAAAGCUAGAAAUUUAUAUAAUAAGAUAUUCAUUCCUGUCCUUUGUAAAUAAAUAUGUCUACUGUUAA